AUGAGACGCGCCAACAACGGUACGGGUUGUCGCGCAAUGCUUAUUGAGUCGCAUCAAGAGGAUAUGAUGUCAGGCCGUCUUACUUCACGGCAAUGGGUGGGGUCCGUUGUGGAAUGCCUGCGCGAUCGCCAUCAGAGAAAGCGAUCCAUAUCGGCCGGCUGGACAGAUGCAGGCAGAAAGCCGCAGGCCAAUCGAGAUUGGUGCAUGGGUGUUCACGGCGGCCUGGCGGAUUCGUGGACAUUCACGUUGGAUAACAAUGCAAGGCAACAUGAGGUGCCGUCCAAUCCUUCCUUGGUGGGUUAUAGACAAGCGUACUUUAGUAUCGGCCCCCUUUCCCAUCCUACUCUCGUUCUCCUGGCAGAGUGGGUAGGAGGAUGUGUAGAUGACGGCAUCAUCGUCGACAACCGCCGGGGCUUUGUGCUGACUACUAGCGUCUUGACUGUCUACUGGCGUCCUGAUCGUAACCGAAAGCCUACUACAGGUAUGCUUCCAUUUGAAAUGGAGCAAUCUGAAAAUAAACUGUGGGCCAACGAGACAAGCGAUGGUCUCCGAGGGGAAGUACAACUUUGCGCAUCAAUUACAUCGGGAUGA